ACGGUUAGUCUUGUCCAGAAAUGGAUGAGACAAGCUAGAGACUUGUCUUUCUUCAACCUCUCUUUUACCCUAUUUCUCUCAUGGCUUCUUCUUCUUCUUCUUCGGCUCACAUAAAGAGAUACCAUGUCUUUCCGAGUUUCCACGGGCCAGACGUUCGUAGAAGAUUUCUCAGUCACUUACACAAACACUUUGAAAGCAAAGGGAUCAUGGCUUUCAAGGAUCAGGGGAUCGAGAGAGGCCACACGAUCGGACCUGAACUCGUUCAAGCCAUUAGAGAAUCGAGAGUCUCCAUCGUUGUGUUAUCGAAGAAUUAUGCUUCUUCCAGCUGGUGUUUAGAUGAACUGGUUGAAAUCUUGAAGUGCAGAGAAGAUCAGGGUCAGGCUGUGAUGACGGUCUUUUAUGAUGUUGAUCCGUCCCAUGUUCGGAAACAGAGCGAUGAUUUCGGAAUCGCUUUCAAGAAAACUUGUCAAGGGAAAACAGAGGAAGAGAAGCAGAGAUGGAGCAGAGCUUUGACUGAUGUCGCAAACAUAGCCGGAGAACACUGUCUAACUUGGGAUGAUGAAGCAGAGAUGAUCCAAAAGAUUGCUACAGAUGUUUCCAAGAAACUGAUGAAUGUUACUCUGUCGAGGGAUUUUGAGGGGAUGGUGGGCAUGGAAGCUCACUUGAGAAAAUUGGACUCUUUGCUAUGCCUCGAGUGGGAUCAAGUGAAGAUGAUUGGAGUUUGGGGUCCUGCCGGGAUUGGUAAGACUACCAUUGCUAGAGCUUUAUACAACCAGCUUUCUACCCAUUUUCCACUUAGAUGUUUUAUGGGGAACCUCAAGGGAAGUUUUAGGAGCAUAACGAGUGUCGAUGAUUAUGAUUCCAAGCUGUGUUUGCAAAACCAACUUCUGUCCAAGAUUUUGAACCAAAGGGAUAUGAGGGUACGUCAUUUAGGAGCAAUAAAAGAAUGGCUAAAAGAUCAAAGAGUGCUUAUCAUUCUUGAUGAUGUAGAUGAUCUAGAGAAACUAAAGGUUUUGGCUGGCGAGCCUUCUUGGUUUGGUUUCGGAAGUCGGAUCAUUGUUACCACAGAAGAUAAAAAGAUUUUGAAGGCACAUGAUAUAAACGAUAUCUACCAUGUGGAUUUUCCAUCCAAGAAAGAAGCUCUUGAGAUCUUCUGUCAAUCUGCUUUCAAGAAAAGCUCUCCAUCGGAUGGCUUUGAGGAGCUUGCAAAGAAAGUAGCAAAGCUUUGCGGUAAUCUUCCAUUAGGCCUUCGUGUUGUAGGCUCAUCUUUGCGUGGCGAAGCCAAAGCCGAGUGGGAGCUUCAAUUAUCUGGGCUUGAAACUUGUCUUGAUAGAGAAAUUGAGAACGUAUUAAGAGUGGGAUAUGAUAAAUUGUUGACGAAACAUCAAUCCAUCUUUCUCCACAUAGCUUGCUUCUUCUUCAAUAAUGAGGAUGUUGACCAUGUAACAUCAAUGCUCGAUGACAGUAACUUGGAUGUCAAAAAUGGCCUGAAGAUCCUAGUCGAAAAAUCUCUGGUGCAUAUCUCUACCGAUGGGAAGAUAGUGAUGCAUCAUCUACUCCAACAAUUGGGUAGACAAGAAGUUUUAAAACAGUCUAAGGAGCCGGGAAAACGUCAGUUUUUAGUAGAAGCUCAAGAUGUUCAAAGUGUUUUGACAAAUGGAACAGGUACUGAAUCAGUCGUAGGCAUAUCUUUUGAUAUGUCCAAGACCGCAAAGUACUUGUUUAUAAGUCGGAGAGCCUUUGAAGGAAUGCAUAAUCUCAAGUUUUUAAGAGUUUACAUGGGUGAGUUCAAUGCAAAUGUUAGCUUGUGCACACUAGGAGAAGGCAUGGAGUUUCUACCUCAUCUUAGGUUACUACAUUGGAAUUCAUACCCAGGAACAUGUCUUCCUCCAACAUUUCGGCCAGAAUUUCUCAUGGAGAUCAAUAUGCCAUCAAGCAAACUCGAGAAGCUAUGGGGAGGAAUCCAGCCCCUUGUGAAUCUGAAGAAGGUAAAUCUGAACUUUUCUUUCAACUUGAAAGAGAUCCCAGAUCUUUCCAGAGCAACUAAUCUCAAGACACUGACAUUUAUCCAAUGCACGAGUUUGGUGAAGUUUCCUUCCUCUAUUUCGAAUCUAUACAAACUAAAAACGGUAAGGAUGUGGGGUUGCAAUAAGCUACAAGUUGUUCCAACCAAGACCAACUCAGCAUCUCGGGAGAGAUAUUCCUCAAAUCUGAGAAAUUUUCCAGAUAUUACUAGGAACAUUCAAAACCUCUGGGUCGGGGGUCCAACAUUUGGUGAUCGUCUGUUUCUUCAAAGUAGUCUUAAUUGUAUACCUUAUUAUCCAGAAAGUGUUAGGAAGCUAGACCUAAACAGUAAUGCUAUGGAGUGGAUUCCAGAUUACGGCAUGCCACAAAGUACUCAUCCCCAAUGGCUUGAUAGGUUUGAUGUAGUUGGCAGGGAAGUUAAGAGAUUAACACAUGUUCCGGAAACUGUAAGGAAGCUAGACCUAAGCGGGAGUGGUAUAGAGAGGAUUCCAGAUUACGUCAGUGGUCUCCAUCGGUUACGAACUCUUAUCAUCGAAAACUGUAGAAAACUAAUUUCAGUGGAGCAUCUCCCCAGUUCCCUCAAGUCCCUACAUGCAAACAACUGUGUUUCACUUGAGAAUGUCGAGUUCUCAACGCUCUUACAAGAUUCAGAUUUAAUCAGGGAACUCAUGUUUCAUAACUGUUUGAAACUGGAUGACGAAGCAACAAGAGUAAUCAUAAAUUGUAGGUCUGCCGAAUAUGUAUGCUUACCAGGUAAACAAGUCCCUGCAGAGUUCACUCACAAAGCUGCAGCAAACUCCAUAACCAUCUCUCCAGGGGAUUUCUACAGUGGCUCCUCAAGAUUUCAGGCUUGCUUCCUGCUUUCGCCAGUCAAAGAUAACGCAUUUGUUCAUGUAACUUGUUACCUAAUAAGCAAAGAAGGUGUCCUCAUUAACCAACUCAACUAUAUGGGCCAGUCUCCUCAAGCUAGAACGCAGCAUCUCUAUAUACUUGGUGGUGACUUGUCACACCAACAAAACAGAAGCCCUGAAGUGGAUGUGAAUACAAGCGAGUUUCUGUUUGAAUUCACCUGCUCAGAUAACCACAAAAUUAUGGAGUGUGGCGUAAGGAUCUUGGAAGAGCAAGUUCAGAAAUGGCCCUGUUUCAAAACCGGAGACAAAACAAACGACCACACAGAAGACCUGAACCUGAACCUGUAGGCAACAUCAGCUACCAAACAAAUAAAGCUGAAGCUGAGAAUGUGGAAAGCACUAAACACACAAAUGGUUGCGGUCUCCUUAGGAAGCUUGGUCUAGGGAAGAAGAAGAAGAACAAGAAGACCGAAUCUCCACUCUUAUUUCCAAAGUUCCGCUUUUGAUACAAUCUAUUCCACAUUUCUAAUAGUCUUUCGAUAUAUGAUUGUAGACAAGAUUCAACACAAAAACAUAUCAAUGUGAUAAGUUCCAGCUAAAGCAUAUGCCUGCCUAAGGGACACACAUUUAGCCUGACCGUUCAAGCUAAUUCUACACAAGUUUAAAGUGUGUCUAACCUGUAACAAUCAAAAGCCUAAGUCUGCAAAUCCAACGUCACUAGCGCUUUCUGCAGAUGCUUGAUUCUGCAGAGAAUUGCAU